GUUUGAUUGACAGGACAGAGACGCCGCGGAGACGCUGAGCCGACAUGAGGGCGGACUUCUGACAGGGGAGUCUUUGAGCCGAGUCGAGAGAAGAUCUUCAGCUGGACUGAGGAGAGGAGGACGCGCGCACACAUAUACACAGAGGGAGGUUAGGGGGACAUUGACCCUUUGACCCUGCAAACACCGGGGACUGACGUCACCAUGGACACUGAACUAGACAUGUGUCACCUGACAGCAUCUUCACAGCUCCAGGACACGCAGCUGUUCUCCUCCGAGGAGGACAGCAGUCUGUACUUCACCUACAGCGGAGGACGCAACCAGCUGCAGGUCAACAACCUCUACUACCAGGUGGACACAGCAGCUCAGAUCCCCUGGUACGAGAGGUUGUCGGAGUUCAAACUUCCCUGGGAGAUCCACGGGAACAAGGAGACGGCCAUCGACGACCUGAGCCUGAGCGUCCACAGCGGUCAGAUGUUGGCCGUCAUCGGCAGCUCAGGUUGUGGAAAAACGUCUCUGUUGGACAUUAUCACGUGUCGGGACGAGGGCGGCACCAUGACCUCGGGUCAGAUUCUGAUUAAUGGGAAACCAAACACACCUCAGUUGGUGAAGAAGAGCGUGGCCCACGUCCGUCAGGACGACCGUCUUCUUCCUCAGCUCACGGUCAGGGAGACUCUGUCCUUCGUGGCCAAACUGAGGCUCCCGACCCACUUCACGCAGGCCCAGAGGGAUCAGAGGGUUGAUGAUGUCAUAGCAGAGCUGCGGCUGCGGCAGUGUGCGAACACCAGGGUGGGGAACGACUACGUGAGGGGGGUUUCAGGAGGAGAGAGGAGAAGAGUCAGCAUCGCUGUCCAGCUUCUCUGGAAUCCCGGUAUUCUGAUCCUGGACGAGCCCACGUCAGGACUGGACAGCUUCACUGCCCACAACUUGGUGGUCACUCUGUCCCGUCUGGCCAGAGGAAACCGUCUGGUCCUGCUCUCGGUCCACCAGCCUCGGUCAGACAUCUUCCAGCUCUUCGACCUGGUGGUGCUGCUCUCUUCAGGCUCAGCCGUUUACUGCGGCCCCGCUCAGGACAUGGUGCCGUACUUCACCGCGCUGGGAUUCCCGUGUCCGCGCUACUGCAACCCGUCGGACUUCUACGUUGAUCUGAUCAGCAUAGACCGACGCAGCCCAGAACGAGAGGCUGAAUGUCUGGAGCGGGCCAGAACUCUAGCCGGACAGUUCAAGGAGAAGGUCCGAGACACGGAAGAUCACAUGUGGAAACCAGUAGGGGGCAGUAGACAUAGUCCAGCAGGAAGCGGCCGGUCAGCGGGAGAAGAAGUCAGGACCUCAGUCCCUCAAAGAAGCACGUUACCAGGUCGACUCCAACAGUUCUCCAUCCUCAUCAGGCGUCACAUGUACAACGACUUCAGAGACCUGGUCAGCAUACUGGUCCACGGUCUGGAGGCCCUGCUCAUGUCCCUGCUGGUGGGGUUCCUGUACUACGGAGCGGGGGACGAACGUCUGUCCAUCCAGGACACCGUGGCUCUGCUCUACAUGAUCGGAGCUCUCACUCCAUUCGCCGUGGUGCUGGAUGUCAUCGCUAAAUGUCACUCAGAGAGAGCCAUGCUCUACCACGAGCUGGAGGACGGCAUGUACUCCAUCACCUCCUACUUCUUUGCCAAGGUCCUUGGAGAACUUCCAGAACACUGCGUGUUCACUCUGGUCUACACUCUGCCCAUCUACUGGUUGGCUGGUCUGAACCAGUCUCCGGAGCGGUUCCUCCUCAACUUCCUGUUGGCCUGGCUGAUGGUCUACUGCAGCAGGGCCAUGGCUCUGUUCGUGGCGGCGGCCCUGCCCACGCUGCAGACCUCCGCCUUCAUGGGGAACUCUCUCUUCACCGUCUUCUAUCUGACCGGAGGAUUCGUCAUCAGCCUGGAGAACAUGUGGCUGGUGGCCACCUGGCUCUCUCACGCCUCCUUCAUGCGCUGGGGUUUUGAGGGGAUGCUGCAGGUGCAGUUCAAAGGGAACAUGUACCAGGUCAACCUGGGAAACUUCACCUUCGACAUCGACGGUGUUCACGUGGUGGGCGCCCUGAACAUGAACCAGUAUCCUCUGUACCUGUGUUACCUGGUCCUGGUGGCAGUCUGUCUCAGCUUCAUGCUGCUCUACUACCUGUCACUCAGGUUCAUCAAACAGAAGUCCAGUCAGGACUGGUGAAGACUUCCUGACCACCGUCCUCCACAUGAAGACAUCUGAAAUCAAGACCUGAGUUUGUGGGUCUGAGGAGGUCCAAGGUUUUUCACCUUCAGCUUCAGGUUGAAGACAUUCCUUUACACAAUCUGACCGUGAAAGACUAUUGAGUAUAAUAAAGACAGCUGGUGCACCUGUCUGCCGCUGGGUGGCAGCAGUGAUCUGCACUGACUCCA